AUGAAGUGGCCCCUGGCCCUGGCCCUAGCCCUAGCCCCGGCCCUGGCCCUUCUACUCCCCCUCGUGGCCGCCCUGGACGACAUCACCAUCGACGGCACCAUCACCGCCACCCACGCAGACCAUGAGGUCCCUACCGCAGACCAUCCCUCCUACUCCUCUACCAAGACCCUAUCCCACGAUGAAGCCAACAAGUCAGCACCCACAGUAGUCGACCCCGUCUCUCCCAAUCCCGACAAUGCCUCCACAGUCACGUCCGUCUCCGACUCGCACACCAAGCUCCUCACCAAUGUCACCGCCAAUUCCACUCGCACGCCGACUCCCUCCCCCUCCCCCUCCCCGAUCAUCAAUACCCAGCCCUGCAAUGGCCAUCCCGAGUUCUGCGCUCGCAAAUACUCCAACGUCUCUAUUGUCGCCGCCCACAAUAGCCCCUUUGUCAAACCGGGAAAUGUCGCUGCCAACCAGGCGCUCGAUGUGGAGAGUCAGCUGGACGAUGGGAUCCGCAUGCUCCAGUUCCAAACCCACCUGGUCAACAACACCGUCUACCUCUGCCACACCAACUGCGACAUCUUCAACGUCGGCCCGCUAGAGACCUACCUCACCCGCGUCGCCCAAUGGGUCCGCACCCACCCCUACGACAUCGUGACCAUCAUGAUCGGCAACCCGGACUACAUUCCCCCCGGGAAAUUCGUCGACCCCGUCAAGCGCUCCGGCCUCAUGGAUCUGGUCUUCACCCCGUCCAAGAUCCCCAUGACCCGCGAGGACUGGCCCACCCUGUCCGGCAUCAUCUUUUCCGGCAAGCGCGUUGUCGUCUUCAUGGACUACGAGGCGAAUCAGACGGCUUACCCGUGGCUUAUUGAGGAAUUUGCCCAUGUCUGGGAAACGCCUUUCUCGCCUACGGACCCUACCUUCCCUUGUACACUCCAGCGUCCUCCGGGUCUGUCGCCGCCGGAUAUGGAUGCCCGGUUGUACAUGGCUAAUCAUAAUCUCAACUUGAACGUCAACCUGGCUAGUCUCAACCUGCUAAUCCCUAACACUGCCUCCCUGGUCGAGACCAACGCGGUGGAUGGGCCGAGUAGUCUCGGCUUAAUGGCAAACCAAUGUACCACGCAAUGGCACUACCCGCCCAACUUCCUCCUAGUAGACUACUACAACUACGGGAAGCCUAAUGGGUCGGUCUUCGAGGUCGCCGCCCGGUUGAACAAUGUGACGUACGAGGGACACUGCUGUGGGAAGACCUCGUCUGCUUCGGGUAUACAGCCGGGGUGUCUCCAUUACCUAGUUGGAUUCCUCCUUUUCGCUUUGUUCUAGCGAACGGUAGAGAUAAACGUGAUGAGAUACGAUGUGCUACGAACUACGACCGAACUACGAACGAACUAUAAAAACGAACUACGAACCUGACGAGCCAAACUACGAACUACGCUACGAACCACGAACCUAACGAACCUAUAUAAACGAUAUCCUUUAUAUGAGUCAGCGUUAUACUGUACACUAGACUAACGGUGUUAUGAAUCUAUAAAUAUAGGGUCCUGUUUACAGGUUGCCUACCCAACCUACUAUACCAGUGUAUGGUAUCAUACUUCGUAUCUAUACAUCUUAUCUUUCACACUUAGUAUUUACUAGUAUGUAGUACUAAUGUAAGUACAGGGAUCCAGCAAACAUCCCCACUCACUCAACCUAACUAGCACUGCACUAU